ACGGCUCCCCGGGAGCCAUCUUGGCUUUCCCGGAAAGCGGAAGGGGCAUGCCUUGGGUGCGACUGGGCGGAGGUGACUUGGAAGUUCGCUUCUGGGACUGUAACACUUAUCUUACCUGACGCCCCGCCCCGAGUUUAGGUAUGAAGACACAGGGAGACGUUGGGCCACCAGGGAACCCACUGAGGUGUGGACCAAAGAUGGUGGCUAAUUGAACUGGAGCCAAGCGUGGUGGGCGCCCGCUGAGUUGGCCUGUCAUAAGGACGGAGUUGACCGCAACCUCCGCCUCCAGGUUUCUCCGUGGGGCGUCCUACUUUCCCUACCUGUCAACAGUUUCCCUCUAGAGUGGCAUCUUUUCAGAUCAUGGAGGACACCCAGGCCAUUGACUGGGACACUGAAGAAGAGGAGGAGACGGAGCAAUCCUGUGAAUCCUUGGGGUGUAACUUGGAGCCAGUAGGGAGGCUACAUAUCUUUAGUGGUGCCCAUGGACCAGAAAAAGAUUUCCCACUACACCUUGGGAAGAAUGUGAUAGGCCGAAUGCCUGGCUGCUCUGUGGCCCUGCCCUUUCCAUCUAUCUCCAAACAACAUGCAGAGAUUGAAAUCUCAGCCUGGAACAAGGCACCUAUCCUCCGAGACUGUGGGAGCCUUAAUGGUACUCAAAUCCUGAGGCCUCCUAAGGUUUUGAGCCCUGGGGUGAGUCACCGUCUGAGGGACCAGGAAUUGAUUCUCUUUGCUGACUUGCCCUGCCAGUACCAUCGCCUGGAUGUCCCCCUGCCCUUUGCCUCCCGGGGCCCUCUGACUGUAGAAGAGACACCCAGGGUACAGGGAGGAACUCAACCCCAGAGGCUUCUGUUGGCUGAGGACUCAGAGGAGGAAGUAGAUUCUCUUUCUGAAAGGUGUGUGAUAAAAAAAUCAAGGACCACAUCUUCCUCCGUGGGAAUGAUAGUUCCAGACAGUGAUGAAGAGGGGAAUUCCCCUGUCCUGGGUGGCCCUGGGCUGCCUUUUGCCUUCAAUUUGAACAAUUACACAGAUGCAGAAGAUCAGCAACCAGCCAUGGAGGAGGCCUCCUCAGCUGCCAGAAGAGGUGCUGCUGUAGAGCCAGAACAGUCUGAAGCUGAAGUCACAACUGAAAUCCAGCUUGAAAAGAAGCAGCGUUCAGUGAAGGAGAGGGACAAUGGCACAGAAGUCAAGAGGGGUGCAGGAAAUGGGGUUGUUCCAGUUGGGGUGAUGCUGGAGAGGAGCCAACCUUCUGCAGAGGACAGUGACACAGAUGUGGAUGAUGACAGCAGGCCAGCUGAGGUACAUUUAGAAAGGGUUCGGCCUCUUGGCUUCAUCGACAGUGACACUGAUGUAGAAGAAGAGGGGAUCCCAGCAACCCCAGCUGUAGUUCCUAUGAAGAAGAGGAAGACCUUCCAUGGAGUUGGUAUAAGGGGUCCUGGAGCACCAGGGCGGGCCCAUCUGCAGGAGAGUCAGGCUGGUAGUGAUGCAGAUAUGGAGGAGGGCAAGGCCCCACAGGCUGUCCCUCUGGAAAAAAGCCAAGCUUCCAUGGUGAUCAAUAGUGAUACAGAUGACGAGGAAGAAGUCUCAGCAGCGCUGACUUUAGCACGUCUGAAAGAGAGUCAGCCUGCUCUAUGGAACAGAGAUGCAGAAGAGGACAUGGCCCAACCUUUGGUCCUUCUGCAGCGAGGCCAAACCACCACUGGGAGAGACAGUGACACAGAUGUGGAGGAGGAAGAGCUCCCAGUGGAAAAUAGAGAAGCUGUCCCCAAGGCUCACACAAAGAUUAGAGCCCUUGUUAGAGCACAUUCAGAAAAAAAACAGCCUUCUUUUAGGGACAGUGAUAAGAGUGUGGAAGCAGAUAAGAGUUCACCUGGGAUCCACCUGGAGAGAAGCCAAGCCUCCACCACAGUGGACAUCAACACACAAGUGGAGGAGUCAGCCAUGGUGUCUAUGCAGGGAACAAAUCAAACAGAUGUGGAAGCAGGUGGGGGACCAGAAAAGCUGCUUGUGGUAUCUCUAGAGGAAGCCUGGCCUCCUCCACUUGGGGACUGUGAAACAGAUGCAGAGGAGGGCACCUCCUUGGCAGCCUCAGCAGUUGCAGAUGUAAGAAAGAGCCAGCUUCCAGAAGGGGAUGCUAGGGCAGAGUGGGCUACAGCUGUUCUUAAGCAGGAGAGAGUUCUUGAGGUGGGGGCCCAAGGUGAAUCAGCUGUGGCACAAAUGGAGCAAGACCUCACUAUCUCAAGAAAGAACCUCACAGAUCUGGUGGUGGAUACAGGUGCUCCAGGGGAAUCCACCCAGCAACAGGGAAAGGGAGCCCAGGUCCCCACAGGAAGGGAGAGAGAACCACAUGUGGGUGGAACCAAGGACUCUGAAGACAACUGUGAUGAUUCUGAAGAUCUGGACCUACAAGCUACCCAAUGCUUUCUGGAGAGAGAGAAUCAGAGCCUAGAAGCAGUCCAGAGUAUGGAGGAUGAACCUACCCAGACCUUCAUGUUGACGCCACCCCAAGACCCUGGCCCUUCCCAUUGCAGCUUCCAGACACCAGGUAGCCUAGAUGAACCAUGGGAGGUCCUGGCUACACAGCCAUUCUGUCUGAGAGAGUCCAAGGACUCUGAGACCCAGCCUUUUGACACCCACUUUGAGGCCUGUGGAUCUUGCCUGUCUUCACCUAGGGCAAUACCAGGAGACCAACAUCCAGAGAGCCCAGUCCACACAGAGCCAAUGGGGAUUGAAGGCAGAGAGAUGCAGACUAUGGAUAAAGAUAUGGGUAUACCAAAAGAAACAACAGAGAGGAUGGCCCCUGAGAGAGCGCCAUUGGAAAGGGAAACUGAGAAACUGCUGCCAGAAAGACAGACAGAUGUGACAGGAGAGGAAGAAUUAACCAGGGGGAUACAGGACAGAGAACAAAAACAGUUGUUAGCUAGAGACACUCAGAGACAAGAAUCUGGCAAAAAGGCGGAAAGUGCAAGUCCUAAAAGAGAUAGGGAGAGUUUGAAGAUAGAAAUUGAGACAUCUGAGGAAAUACAGGAGAAAGAAGUAGAGAAGCAGACCCUUCCAAGCAAAAUAGUUGAGAGAGAAGUAGAAAGACCAGUAGCAGACAGAGUGUGUGAGCCAGCUGAGUUAGAAGGGAAGGUGCCCAAAGUGAUCCUGGAGAGAGGCACACAGAGAGGGGAGCCAGAGCGAGGGAGCCAGGACCAGAAAGGGCAGGCCUCCAGCCCAACACCAGAGCCUGGGGUGGGGGUGAGGGACUUUCUGGAACCUGUCUCAGCCCCCAUACCUUCUGGGAGCCAGUCAGGUGGAAGGGGAUCCCUAGUGAGCCCCAGGAGGCAUCAGAAAGGCCUGAAUUGUAAGAUGCCACCUGCUGAGAAGGCUUCCAGGAUCAGAGCUGCUAAGAAAGCUUCCAGGGUGAGAGCUGCUUUUUCUACCUCCUCCUACUCCACAAGUCUUCUCUAUAUCCUCUCAAUGCUCCCUCCUGAGCCCACAUCUCAGGCUACUAGGGGAAGAAAAAAUAGGUCCUCUGUCAAGACCCCUGAAACAGUUGUCCCCAUAACCUCUGAGCUCCAGGCUUCUGACUCCACAGACCAGCCUGUCACACCUGAGCCCACAUCACAGGCUACUAGGGGAAGAAAAAAUAGGUCCUCUGUCAAGACCCCUGAAACAGUUGUCCCCAUAGCCUCUGAGCUCCAGGCCUCCGCCUCCACAGACCAGCCUGUCACCCCUGAGCCCACAUCUCAGUCUACUAGGGGAAGAAAAAAUAGGUCCUCUGUCAAGACCACUGAAACAGUUGUCCCCAUAGCCUCUGAGCUCCAGGCUUCUGCCUCCACAGACCAGCCUGUCACCCCUGAGCCCCCAUCUCGAACCAGUAGGGGCAGGACAAACAGGUCCUCUGUCAAGACCCCUGAAUCAGUUGUACCCACAGCCCCUGAGCUCCAGCUUUCCAUCUCCACAGACCAGCCUGUCACCCCUGAGCCCACAUCUCUGACCACUAGGGGCAGGACAAAUAGGUUCUCUGUUAAGACCCCUGAAUAUGUACCUGCAGACCCUGAGCUCCAGGUUUCCACCUCCACAGAUCAGCCUGUCAUCCCUAAGCCUACAUCUCGGACCACUAGGGGCAGGACAAAUAGGUCCUCUGUCAAGACCCCUGAAUCAGUUGUCCCUAUAGCCCCUGAGCUCAAACCUUCCACCUCCAGAAACCAGCUUGUCACCCCUGAGCCCACAUCUGGGGCCACUAGGGGCAGGAUAAAUGGGUCUUCUGUCAGGACCCCUGAACCAGGUGUCCCCACAGCCCCUAAGCCCCUUCCUACAACCUCCAUAGACCAGCCUGUCAUCCCUAAGCCCACAUCUAGAGCCACUAGAGGAAGGGUAAAUAGGUCCUCUGUCAAGACUCCCAAACCAGUUGAACCAGCAGCCUUUAAUCUUGAGCCUCUUAUCCCCACAGACCAGCCAGUCACCCCUGAGGCCAUAGCUCAGGGUGGUCAGAGCAAAACACUGAGGUCUUCCAUAGUAAGUGCUGUGUCAGUUCCUACCACCCCUGAAUUCCAGUCUCCAGGUACCACAGACCAGCCUAUUUCCCCUGAGCCUAUUCCUCAAGCCAGUUGCAGCAAGAGGCAGAGAGUCAUUGGGAAUCCUGGCUCCCUCAAAGCUCCCAUUGACCAUAAGCCUUGCUCUGCACCCCUGGAACCUAAAUCCCGGGCCUCAAGGAACCAAAGAUGGGGAGCAGUUAGAGAAGCUGAAUCCCUUACAGCCAUUCCUGAGCCUGCCUCUCCCCAGCUUCUUGAGGCACCAACUCAUGCCUCCCAGAUCCAAAAGGCGGAAGCAGUAGGUGGAUCUAGGUUUACCCCAGAGCCCCAGCCUAAGGCCUCUCAAAGCCGCAAGAGGCCUUUUGCUACUAUGGAUUCACUGCCACUUCAAAAACAGCCCCAAAGAGAAGUCUCCCAGAAGACAGUGUUUCUCAAGGAAGAGUUAAAAGAUACUACAGAGAAGCCAGGGAAAGAAGAGGACGCCAUGACUCCAAAACCAGGCAAGAGAAAGAGAGACCAGGCAGAGGAGGAGCCCAACAGAAUACAGAACCGUAGCCUCCGACGGACCAAACUUACCCAGGAAUCAACAGCCCCCAAAGUGCUCUUCACAGGAGUGGUGGAUGCCCAGGGAGAGCGGGCCGUGCUGGCACUGGGGGGAAGUCUGGCUGGUUCAGCGGCAGAGGCUUCUCACCUGGUCACUGAUCGCAUCCGCCGGACAGUCAAGUUCCUGUGUGCCCUGGGGCGAGGAAUCCCCAUUCUCUCCCUGGACUGGCUACAUCAGUCCCACAAGGCUGGUUGCUUCUUACCCCCGGAUGAAUAUGUGGUGACUGACCCUGAGCAAGAGAAGAACUUUGGCUUUAGCCUUCAAGAUGCCCUGAGCCGGGCUCGGGAGCGAAGGCUGCUGGAGGGCUAUGAGAUCCAUGUGACCCCUGGAGUCCAGCCACCACCACCUCAGAUGGGAGAGAUCAUCAGCUGCUGUGGAGGCACUGUCCUACCCAGCAUGCCUCGGUCCUAUAAGCCUCAGAGAGUUGUGAUCACAUGCCCCCAGGACUUCCCUCGAUGCUCUGUUCCACGAAGGGUUGGGCUGCCCCUCCUCUCACCUGAGUUCCUGCUGACUGGAGUGCUGAAGCAGGAAGCCAAGCCAGAGGCCUUUGUCCUUUCCCCUUUGGAGAUGUCAUCCACCUGAAACCUCCACUACCCUUUUCCCUCCACUAAAUAAAAUAUUAGAAGAUAUUUGGAAGAAAGAACUUAGGGCGUUAGAAAGGUUUGGGGUAUAUUGAUAUGACUUGUCCUGGAACAUGGGUGGGAUCAGAAAUCUUUAUGAAUAAAUGAAAAGACAAUUGGGACCACAGAAUUUUUUGGUUUUUUUUUUAAUGGCCAUUUUAUUUUAUCUCUACUUGUAUUUUUUUAUUUGUAUAGAUGUAGGGGCUACAAGAGCAGAUUUCUUGCAUGCAUUUAUUAAACAGCCAUUUUAAAAUUAGCUAUUUUCAUGCUCAGAUGUCCUAAGUGGCAGCUAUCUUUAGCCAGACUGUUUUUGCUUGUUGGUAUUCACAGUGUCCUACUUCCUAUUUGGAAACCAUCUCUAUUGUUUUCUUACUGGGAUUUUUACUUUGGGGUCAGGAACUUGAAGGGAUGCUUAGAGUAAGUAGAUAUGAAGGUCCAGUUAUAGAGUGCUACUAAAGCAUUUUCCUCUCUGCCGGCCUCUGGGAGGAUCUUUAGCUUUGACUUUGGGCAAGUCUCUGUACUUUUCUGGCCUGCUUUUCCAGGACUUAUAAAAUUAGAGCUUAGGCUUGACCUCUAUGAUAAAUAAAUAUUCACUCUGUGCCUUA